AUGAAGUGCCCCAAGACACCAGAAGAAUGGAAUGACGUAGCAAAACGCUUCGCCUCCAAGUGGAACUACUUCAAUUGUGUGGGAGCCCUGGAUGGGAAGCACGUCGCGAUCAAGAAACCCAAAGGUGGAAGAUCACUGUAUUUCAAUAACAAGAAGUUUCAUAGCAUCGUCCUCAUGGCCCUCUCCGAUGAAAAGUACAAGUUCCCGUUUGUCGACGUCGGUGCAGAAGGAGGUGCUGGGGAUGGAGGAACCUGGCAGAAGUGCAACCUGGCCAGGGCCAUUGCAAACAACCGAGCAGAACUCCCACAAGACAGAAAUCUGCCUAACGAUGACGAACCCAUCCCCUUCCACAUAGUCCCCGACGAUGCCUCGCGCUCGUCGUGUGGUGGAAAACGCAUUCGGCCUGCUUUCAGAUGA